GCGGGGUUGUGCAGCCAUGGCCAAGAUCAAGGCCUGGGACCUUCACGGCAAGAAGGAGGAGCUGCUGAAACAGCUGGACGACCUGAAGGUGGAGCUGUCCCAGCUGCGCGUGGCCAAGGUGACUGGCGGCGCGGCGUCCAAGCUCUCCAAGAUUCGAGUUGUCCGCAAGUCCAUCGCCCACGUUCUCACCGUCAUUAAUCAGACCCAGAAAGAAAACCUCAGGAAAUUCUACAAGGGCAAGAAGUACAAGCCCCUGGACCUGCGGCCCAAGAAGACCCGCGCCAUGCGCCGCUGGCUCAACAAGCACGCUGAGAGCCUGAAGACCAAGCAGCAGCAGCGGAAGGAGCAGCUGUACCCCCUGCGCAAGUACGCGGUCAAGGCCUGAGCCCGUGCUGCUAAUAAACACAGAAUGGCUGCCCAAAAAAAAAAAACACACACACACACACACACACACACACAACAACAAAAACCCUG